GCCAUGUCUCCUCGGCCCCCUCUCUCCGUUUUGCCCAACCACUCAAGGCUUCUUCCCCCGUGCUCGCUUCAUUACGACUCCUAUUUCUAGUUGCACUUAUCCUCUGCGCACACGACCUCGUGUUUUCCCCUUUCCCUUCUCUCACACCUCACAUCAGACCCAUUACACCCCAUAACCCACCGUCACCAUGCCCACCCAACCAUUUAAGAGCCUCAUAAUAGCUGUUGGUGGGACCUUUCCGGGUUACAAACAAGCCGACCUGAAGACCAUCAUAAAACGAAAUGGAGGCACAUUUAGUCCUGCAGUUACAGAGGAAUGUACCCACCUGAUAACCACACAAAGAGAAGUGGAUAACCAGAGCGUCAAAUACAAGCAAGCCUCCAAUAUCUACACAUGUAACAUCGUAUCGCUGGAAUGGCUCGUCGACUCCGACAGUAAAGCCAAGAAACUCGAUGAAAAGGGCUUUUUGAUGGGCUCUGACAAGAAAGAUGACACCGAAGACGAAAAACCCAAGAAGCGCACCCUGGAAGAGGCUCUGGGUGUCAACGAGGAUGGCAGUUCCAAAAAGCUCAAGGAUGCGCAGACUGCCGGUGCCAAAUCAAUUAGUGUUCCCGUGGACGAUCUUUGUCCUCUUCGAGCCACCCACGCAGUGUAUAUCGAUUCCACUGGCCUCAUCUGGGAUGCGACACUGAACCAGACCAGCGCCUCCAAUAACAACAACAAAUUCUACCGCAUACAGCUUCUCCAUAGGAACAAUGAGUUCAAGACAUGGACUCAUUGGGGCCGAGUCGGUGAAGUCGGACAGAGUGCCAUGCUUGGAGAUGGCUCAUUCGACUGGGCGGAGUCUGAAUUCAGAAAGAAGUUCAAGGACAAGUCGGGCUUGACCUGGGACAACCGCCUUGACAAUCCGAAGAAAAGCAAGUACACCUUCAUUGAGCGGAACUACGAAGACGACAUGGAAGACGAAGACGAAGACGCUCCAGCGAAGCCCGUCAAGGCAAAGAAACCGGAAGUGAAAAGCACCCUGCCCUCAGCCGUUCAGGACCUCAUGGCAUUCAUCUUCAACCAAGAAUUCUUCCUGUCCACCAUGGCCUCCAUGUCGUACGACGCUAAGAAACUGCCACUGGGGAAGCUCAGCAAGCACACCCUUCGCCGUGGUUUCCAGGCUUUGAAAGAUCUCUCGGAGCUUAUUGUCACUCCCGGACUGGCAGCUACAAAAUACGACACAACCUUUGCAGCAGCAGUUGAAUACCUCAGCAACCAGUAUUUUACCACCAUUCCUCACGUGUUUGGGCGCAACCGGCCCCCAGUCCUGAACCAGGAGAAUCUGCUCAAAAAAGAAAUCGAGCUUCUCGAGACCCUGACGGAUAUGGAGGUUGCCAACUCCAUCAUGAAAGAUGCAAAGGAAGCUGAUACAAUCCAUCAUCUCGACCGCCAGUUCCAAGGCCUAGGCAUGCAAGAAAUGACUCCACUGGAUCAUGCUUCUACCGAGUUUAUUGAGCUUGACAACUACAUCAACCGCUCCCGCGGCGCCACUCAUGGCAUUAGAUACAAGGUUAUCAACAUCUUCCGCAUCGAACGUCAAGGCGAAACCGAUCGAUUCGAGUCAUCCCAAUACUCCCAGAUCAAAAAUUCCAGCCGCCGUCUGCUCUGGCACGGAUCCCGCAGCACCAACUUUGGUGGUAUUCUGAGUCAAGGUUUGCGCAUUGCGCCCCCCGAGGCUCCUGUGAGCGGAUACAUGUUUGGCAAAGGUGUCUACUUCGCGGACAUGUCCACCAAGUCAGCCAACUACUGCUGCUCCUAUGGUAGUGGAAACAAGGGUCUGCUACUGCUUUGUGAUGUGGAAGUCGGCAAUCCCAUGCUUGAGCUAGACCGGGGCAACUACAACGCAGGCGAUGAUGCGAAGAAGGAAGGCAAGAUCGCAACUCUGGGUCGUGGUCGUUCGAUUCCCGCUGCUUGGAAAGAUGCCGGCUGUGUCAACCGUGAUCUGCAGGGUGUGUUGAUGCCCGACGUGUCGGUUCCGGCAACCAGUGCGACCUCCCAAGGGCUGCAGUACAACGAGUACAUUGUCUACGAUGUGGCUCAGAUUCGACAGAAGUACCUCUUCCACGUCGACAUGCGGUAGAUGCUAUCUGCAGCGAAGUGGUUUAUUCAGUUAUUCAGCGAGUUUGGUGUUUUGCUGUCGGGCGCCAGGCAGUUAUGGCGUUGACGAUGGAUUGAUUGCAUUGUAUUCUAAAUAUAUAGGGAUGGAAAGGUGGUUCACUGAUGACCACUGUUUAGUAUUUCAACCAUGAAUAAUAACUUUCAG